AAUCUGACAUGUAAAAUUUUUUGGCGCACUUCCACCUAUCGGCCACCGUAGUGCAAACCCACGUGGUUAAACAAAACAUCAUGGCGGCUGGCUUCAAGACUGCGGAGCCUCUGGAGUAUCACAGAAGCUUUCUGAAAGAAAACUGUCGACCCGAUGGACGGGAGCUGUCCGAAUUCAGAACCACCACACUGAACAUCGGAUCCAUAUCCACGGCAGAUGGCUCGGCACUGGUGAAGAUGGGAAACACAACGAUUAUCUGUGGAAUCAAAGCGGAGCUGGCCAACCCUACAGCAGACGCUCCUGGUAAAGGUUACAUUGUGCCCAACGUGGACCUGCCGCCUCUGUGUUCGUCCCGCUUUCGGCCAGGUCCGCCAGGAGAACAGGCCCAGGCUGCCAGCCAGUUUAUUGCUGACGUUAUUGAAAGCUCUGACCUGAUCAAAGCAGAGGACCUGUGCGUUGACAGAGGAAAGCUCUGCUGGGUGCUUUACUGCGACAUUAUGUGUCUCGACUAUGAUGGGAACAUUUUGGAUGCUUGCCUUAUCGCUCUGCUGGCAGCCCUGAGGAACACGCAGCUCCCAGAAGUCGGCAUAAACAAAGAGACGUGUUUACCAGAGGUGGAUUUGGAAAAGCGGCAAAAGCUUCAUAUUCACAAACAUCCCGUCGGCGCUUCUUUUUGCGUGUUCGAUGACUCCAUACUGAUCGUAGACCCCACAGAUGAGGAGGAGAAUCUGGCAACCGCACAUCUCACCGUGGUGACCGACGAGGACGGUCGUCUCUGCUCUGUACACAAACCAGGUGGAACUCCGCUGUCAGGAGAGAAGCUGCAGGAGUGCAUCAACCGAGCGACAGCCCGACAGAGAGAGAUCCACAAACUCAUCGACAAGGUUCUAGACAGCGUGAAGACGACGCAGUGAAAACAUUCAAGACAAUGUUUUUUGUUUUUAUCUCAAAGCUGUAUUUUCCACUGUCAAUAUAUAUUCUUUUUAAUAACAAUAAAACGGAUGACAAAGA